AUGCUUCCUCCAGAGGCAAAAAACCCUCCACCUCGGGAUCUUUCUUCCAACCCUCUGCACCCUCAUUUUCUUCUUCCUCUUGAUGGUCCAAAAGAUUCACUUCUUCUCGUUGAGUCCAUCCUUCAGCUCGUACUCCGCCACCGCAUCCACCGCCGACGCUUGAAAGGAAUUUUUGAGGUCAAUUUGGAUAGACCGGGAACAAAAAAUGCUAUUGGGAAGGAAUAUACAUUUGAGACUGUAGAUAAAGACCGUUCGGACAAGGAUUUGAUGAUCUGCAGUUCAAUUCCCAGAGUUUUCUGUGCUUGUGCUGAUCCUAAGGUGCUUCUAGAGUUGGAAUUGGGAAUUUUGAAGAGAUUCAUGUUAUGA